UUGGGGCAUCUAUACAAGGAGAUGCUUGCCUGCCAGCUAGAAGAACAAUAUGCUUGAGCGAGCACAUGCGUGAUGGAAAGCCAGGAAGUAAAGCUUUUGGGAUUCUGGGUUAGCCCUUUUGUUCACAGAGUGGAGUGGGCUCUGAAACUGAAGGGCGUUCCAUAUGAGUACAUUGAAGAAGACAUCUUCAACAAGAGCCCUCUGCUUCUGGAGCUGAACCCAGUCCACAAGAAGGUUCCAGUCCUGGUUCACAAUCAGAAGGUUCUGGCUGAGUCCUUUGUGAUUCUUGAGUAUAUUGAUGAGAACUGGAAACAGUGUCCACUGUUGCCUCAAGAUCCCUACGAUAGAGCCAAGGCCAGGUUUUGGGCUAAAUUUGCUGAGGAAAAGAUUCUUUCUGAUGGUGCAUGGAGGGCAGCCCGUGCCAAGGGAGACAACAGGGAGAAAGCUUUGGGAUCAACCAUAGAGGCUCUGGAAAAGAUAGAAGGUGAGCUCAAAGGGAAAGGCAAAUUUUUUGGAGGGGAAAGCAUUGGGUAUUUGGACCUUGCACUGGGUUGGAUUUCUUAUAUGCUGCCCGUUUGGGAGGAUGUUGGCUCCAUCAAAAUCAUGGACCCGACCCGAUUCCCAGCCACUGCUGCGUGGAUGAGCGAGUUUGUGAAUCAUCCGGCGGUUAAAGACAGCUUACCGCCCAGAGAUAAAAUGAUUAUUUAUUUUGAGAAGCGCUUGAAAGAGUUGGAGAUUUAAAUGUUGGAGUGAUUGCAAGUUUAGAAAUAAAAGGAUGGUUAUGAAUGGUGAUAUUAUUGGAA